AUGAGUAACAACGAUGAGGUAGAUUUUUCUACUCUACCACUAGAACAGAAAUUAGAUAAUAAAGUUUGGAAAGCAAGGUUAUUAGGUUAUGAGGAAUUAACUUCAAAAUUUGAUAAUAAAAAUAUAAAAAUAAAAGAAUUUAAUAUCUAUUUGAAGGAUGUUUCUUUAUUUCAAAUUUAUUUGUCUGACCCAAAUGUCAUUGCUUUGGAGAAGGCUAUUGGUGCAUUACUUUCUUUAUUGCAAAAGUAUUAUACGGGUCAUACUGCAGAUGUCCAAAAACUAAUAUCAAUUGAGAGUUUGAUAGAAAAUUGGAUCCCAUUGUUAAUCGAAAAAGGUAUCACUUCGUCAAGAUUAUUAACCAAAAAAAAUUCAAUUAAAUGUAUUUUAUUAAUCACAUCAUUCGAUAUAUCAAUUGAAAAAAUAAUGGAAUUUACUAUUAUUAAUUUUUUGAAAGUUAAAAAAUUACCAAAAGUCAUUCUAUCUUCUUUAAUCACUAUAACAAAUUUAAUUAAUAAUUUCAAAUUUGAUCAUAUUGAACUGAAUAAAAUAUUCAAUAAUCCAAAUUCAUUUUUAAUAGAGCUUCUAGAGGUCUUACCGACUUUCACAUCUAAUGCUGAUAAAAAUAUUAGAUCUCAAUCAAUUGAUCUGAUUUUACAAAUAUACGAUAAAAUUGGUAGAAAUAAGCUCUUAAUUCAAGAUAUUUUAUUAGAUAAAUUGAAAUCAAUUCAACAAAGAGAUUUAGAUAAGUUAUUCGAUAAAUUAAAUAGCGGUGAAGAGCUUAAAGCAAUUUCAAACUCUAGUGCAAAUUUAGAUGAUGAGAUAAUUUAUUUUUAUACUGAUUACAAAAAUAAUGUAGCUAAACAAGAUUUCCAAGUAGAUGAUGAUGGUGAUACAAAUAUGGACAUUAAUGCCACUUUAAAUUCCGCUAAAAAUACCAAGCUUGGGAAUAGCAAUAACAAUAAUUAUAAUAUUACAAAAAAUAAAGUAGAUGUAGAUCCAUUCACUUUAUUAAAAGAAGAAACAAUCUUAGAUAAAUUGCCAGAAAAUUUUAACGAAAGAAUAGCGUCAGUAAAAUGGAAAGAUAGAGUUGAAGUUUUGCAAGAACUGCAUGAUAAUUUAUUGGUUAAAGUGAAAAAAUUGAAAAAUUCAGGUCAAGAUUAUUCAAAUCUAAUCUCUAUUUUAUCCAGUAUCAUUCAUAAAGAUGCAAAUGUUCAAGCUGUGACAAUCGCUUCUCAAUCAAUCUGUAUUAUUUUGGAGAAAUUAAGAUUACCAGGUUUCAACAAGGCGUUAGUCAAUAUAUGUUUUGUUCCUUUGUUAGAAAGAACUAAGGAGAAAAAACCGAGCGUAAUUGAAGCUAUUAGGAGUACACUAUAUAUAUUGGUAAAAUAUUACAACCCAAUUUCAAAUGGUUCGAAAAGCAUGAACCUAAAUAACGAAGAUAUGCUUCAAGAAAUAUUAAAAUUCAUGAAAAAUAAGAUUCCUCAAAUACGAUUCGAGACAACAAACCUGUUUAAUCAUAUUUUAAAACAUUAUUUUAGAAAUGAUAGUGAAAGAAUUUUAUCUGCCUAUUUAGAUUCAGAUAUUUUACCAAUUGUCAUCAAAAUUGUGAAUGAUACGCAACCCACGAUCAGAGCUUCUGGGUUUGAAGCUUUUGCUUUGAUAAGUAAAAUAUUUUCUAACAAUGAUGAAAUUAGAGAUUCAUACGAAAAAUUCGACAGCAUGAAAAAAAAGAAGAUUACCGAAUUGAUUAAUACUUUGCCUAAUAUCCUAGAAAAUAUUCCUGAAAGUAGGGAGAAAACAGGGACGACAACGUCUUCAUCUAUGAACAACAGUAACAGCAAUUCACUAUUACCAUCAAAACGUGGUCCCUCUUCUCCAUUGAAAAAACUAUCUAAUAAAGCUAAUUCCCCUCUGCAUAUGACUCAAAGUCCAGUUAUAGCAUUACCAAAUAUAACAUUAAAAAAUGGUAAUUUAAGUAACAAUAAUCUUAAUGGUAAUAUUCCGAACAAUAUGAAUAGUAAUCUAUUUAGUAUUAAUAACAAAAGAUCAAAUACGGAGGAUAAUCAGAUUGAAAACGAAGAAAAGAGGAUCAAGUUAGAGAUUGAAGUCGAGAAUUUGAAAAAAGAAAAGCAUGUAUGGUUAAAGGAAAAACAUGAGUUGAUAGAUCAAUUGAACAAUGUACAAAAUAAGUAUAAUGUAUUAAUGAAUGAGAUAGAAGUUCUAAAAGAACAACUGAAAAACUCUCAAACAACAUUACACGAUAAAAACUUGCAAUUAAGGCAGAAAGAUCUACAGCUAAAUAAACUACAAGAUAGAAUGUCUCAUAUGGCAGAGUUGAACGGUAAUACGCCGACUAACAGACGUUCCUCGUUGUUGGCUCACAGUCAAGCACCAUCUCGUACCAUGUCAGCAAGACCGACUUUAUCAUCUGAACGAUCUCAUAUCAAUGAAAACCACGAACAUAAUAAUCACACUAGGAAAGACAGUACGUCGAGUGAAGAUCUGCCACAUCGUGUAGAUUUAUUAAAAAUAGAUUCGAACGCUAAUGUAAACGAUACCUUUGUCAAUGAGGAAAGUUGGAAACGUGCUGCAGAAGUGACCUCUCAAUUGAAAGCUAGAAUUGAAAGAAUGAGAGCAAAAACAAGAGAGUAA